UAAAAAAUGAAUAUAAAUAGUUAUUGUUGUGUUUGCUGGGAAACAAAAACUAAAAAGAGUCUUAUUGCAGUCCAAGAUACUAGUGAAAAACUGGUGCAGGCAAAUGCAUACUCUGGAUACAUGAAAGAAAUUGCAGCCUAUCCUUCUUCUAUAUGUGGAAAUUGCAAAACUAAUUUGUACAUGCUUGCAAAAAGAAAGAAACCACCAACUAGAUGGACACAGAAGAUAGAAAAGAUUGAUUGGAUUUCUAAGAAGCGCAAGUCUGACAUAAUUACAAUUGAGAUUGAUGAGAGCUCUUCUACCUCUCUAGAAGUUCAUUAAAGAUCUGCUCUAUAUGUCUGUCAUAAUAGGUAAUAUAAACAGAAGAUUUUAUAAUAUUACAUGAUAUUGGUAUAGUCUAAUUUUCAUCAACAAUAUUUAUUUAGG